AUGGCAGGCGUCAUACGUGCCGUCGCAGAUGUAACGUCAUUACGUAACAGUUCCUAAAAAUAACUGUAGAUGGCAGUAAUGCACAUCUCUAAAGAAAAAUGAAAUACAAAAAAGAAAUUUAAAUUAUGCAAUCCCAUUCAUCACACAUCUGUCCACCUGACAGCUUUAUUGUCAACCACAAUUUGUUGUGUCAUUAUCAGGACCAAGAAUUCCUGUCUCAAGUGACAGUCAAUACUCUGGAUGAUGGUGAUGAGGAGGCUGAGUGGCUAGGUAGGGAAAACAGGCAUAAUAAAAAACAAAUAUUCUGGUUAAAUUAUUUGUAUAAUAGAUAUUCAAUGGUAUAAGCUAUUGGUGUAAAAGGCUCUGGGUGUGGUGAGAGAGUUCAAAGAGAUGCUUGUGCUCAGAACAAGCUAUGUGACAUUGAGUUCUGUGAGGUUCUGAAAAUGAUCUUUCAGAUAACAUCAGUGUCAGUUUAACUGUUAACUCCCAUCACUCAUUGCCUGGCAGAAGAACAUAAUUGCACUUCAAUGGAAUUCUAAACCAUAGCAUCCAACACCUAUCUAUCUGUGGACAUAGAGAGAAAGUAACACCUAUAAAUAGGCAAGCCUAACAUCCAGUGGGACAGCCUAGAGGAAAGAAAUGCUCUCAUAUAAUCCAGCCAUGGAUAUAAACUAACAAGACUCCAAAGAUAACCAUCCGCUACAGUGUCCCCCUGUCUGAUCCGCCUGCCUUAAGUCAUAAUAUACCUGACAACAUCAGAUUGACCACUGCCAUUGAUAAUACACUGUACCAAUAGUGCUCAGGUCAGUAAUAUGGGUAAAACAUGUUAUAGAAAAUAAUAAUUCUGAUCAUUCAAUAGGUGAUUGAUUUCUCAAUAAAUUUGAAAAGUUGAAACUUGAAAGACAGUAUUUCCUCAUAAGGUACAUUGAGAAAAAUAAAGGCUGUUGAAGGGGGUGGGACGAAUAAGGAUCUCAGUUUGCAAACUCAACAUGGAGGGACUCCACUGGAUGCACGUUAAUGACACCUGUUACACACCAUGACCCUAAAAGGAGAGAGCAGGGCCAAUCAGGGCUCAGCACAGCUGACGCAGACCAGUCAGACCGCCAGCUCGGAAGAAGGACGAGAGGUCAUAACCCUCAGCUGUUCACCACGUUUAGCGGCUCAGCUCACAUACCAGCAGCAGCCUGGCCCACUGACAUAUACAGUGUUUUACUGACUGGACCGAAGCCUCUCUCAUUCGUCUCCUCAACAAGGCCCACAAAUCUACUAUUUCCGCUCACACCUAGUGUGUGUCAACAAAAACACUGUGACACGUCUGCUCAAUGUUUUUAGAGAGAAUUGUAUGAUGUACAAUUUCAGUAAAUGUCUUAAUCACUUUUCAGAUUUCUCCCAAACCCUGUCCUUUAAAACGACAACACCAUCAAUCUAAAUUUACAAUGACCACUGCACCUUUUUGUGUGAUCUCAGAAAUCAUGGUUGAUCAAAACCUUGAUUCAGAAUUCUUUAAAGUGUCAAAUGGAUGCACUGAACUCGCUAUAAUUGAACUAUUCUGUUUGUAAAAAACAAAAUAAAUUAAAUUAAAGCUAUACCUACAGAAAAGUAUUCAAAUAAAGAAGACCAUUGUAAUUGCAUUUUAAUGGUCUGACACCUUUGUGAAUACCAUUAUAACAUCCAGACAUCUUUAUAAAAUAAAACAUUCCCUUUUCACUUCUCAUCUUAUUUCUAAAGCAGAUCAGUCUGGCAUUUCUCAGGAAGCAUCUCACCAUUUUUGAGGAGUCCCAUCUCACCCGAUCGUUGUUUUGUUUUUUUCUAGGAGCUCUUAUUUGGACUUGUGUAAACUCCAGGCUCCACCCCUGGUCCCCAGACCCCACUCUUAUUUAAGGGGUCCUCUCCCCCUCCUCCUUUGUCCCAGUGGAAGCAUCAGUCUUGCGCUACAACUUGGUGAGUGAAUAUUACUGCAUAUUACUACUUAUUUCUAUGGAAAACAUGAGACUUUGUGGGGACUGGGUGUCCACAUUUUAGUUAUUUGAGUACAUCUUCACCUGGCGCUGACCAGACAGAGCUGGUCUCUGACAUUGGAUGAUAUAGUGUUUUCUACCUGGAUGGAUUGUUUGUAGCUUUAUUGAGGCAUGAACUAGAAGUACACUUCAAACUGAAGUCACUGCUUAUUGGAAUGGAUUCAUGGUAUCGCACCAAAAUAAUAAGAGACAUUCAGCUAUUCAGAGAUUUGUGAAUAAUAAACGAUUUAUCAUCAGGUGAUUGUGGGGAGGGUGCAGGUAAAUACAGUGUAAUAACUUAGUAAAAAGUUACCAAUACACUGAUCAAUGCUGGUUUGGUCAGGUACAUUGAGACAGAACUAAAUACUGUCUAAUGAAUGAAGCCAUUAUAGGCAGAUGGGGCAAGGAGCCAUGCUGUAAACAGAGGUGUUACAAUGUGCCGACAGCUGCUCUCUGGGUUGGCUCCAACUCUCCCAUGUCUGAAAUAGCUCCAGAUAGGGAUCCAUGGAGGUCAAUGUGGCACUUGGUGUAGCUGUGUGUGGAGCAACCAGGGUGUGGAGCUUAAAAUAGAUAGCUGGUCUUGCUUGCUGCUUCCACUGAUAUGCCCCUUUUUGGAGCUACCUCGGCAGCCCUAAAAUGUCCCAGGAACAAUCAUGACAGCCGAUACACAGUAUCACUAACUUCACAACAUGUUUGGGACAAAAAUACAAUGGGAUAAAUUGUAGAUAGCUGCUAUUUUAAAUACAAGGAAUUGAUAACAUUUUCAAAACAGUUUUAAGACAAGUUGUACAACUUUGACUACAGUAGUAAAAUCAAUAUAUUAUUCCAAAAGACAAAAAAAUGCAGAAUAUCGAAAACAUGGAUUCGGAUGCAAACAUUUUUCAUGUCAGUACAGUAAUAAAUUAUUUGUGGUGGUGAACAAACCAAUUAGGAUAGGCCUGCUGGAAAUUCCUUCAAUGGUGGGGGGCGGGGGGGGGGGUUGCAGCUGUUCCCACCACUCAGUCUCACCCCUGUGUCUCUCUGUCACCCACAGACCAUCCCAGUAAAACCAUGUGUGACGACGACGAGACUACCGCCCUUGUGUGCGACAAUGGCUCUGGCUUGGUCAAGGCUGGAUUUGCCGGAGAUGACGCUCCCCGUGCUGUCUUCCCUUCCAUUGUUGGAAGGCCCCGCCACCAGGUACUGUACCAUAAUGUAACUGGGGCUGGUAUAGAUUGUGCCAUUGUAUAGACACACAUUUUUAGGGGGGAACUGUCAAAAAGGGUGCAGUAGGUUAGUUUGCCGUCUGUCAUGUAGGCUACAGUGAUGAUUGUGUCACUCCUAACCUCUCUUCUUUCUCAUCCAGGGUGUGAUGGUGGGUAUGGGUCAGAAGGACAGCUAUGUAGGUGAUGAGGCUCAGAGCAAGAGGGGUAUCCUGACUCUGAAGUACCCCAUUGAGCAUGGCAUCAUCACUAACUGGGACGAUAUGGAGAAGGUGGGUCCUAGAUUACAACACACUUCUUACAACAUCUUGCAGAGUUUUGGCAUUGACUUUGGCACAAGACUAGAAGUAAAUACAUGCAGUAUAAUAAUAUAAUAAACUGGAAACUUUUACUAUUUCGUAUCCUUGCAGAUCUGGCACCACACCUUCUACAAUGAGCUGCGUGUGGCCCCUGAGGAGCACCCCACCCUGCUGACAGAGGCUCCCCUGAACCCCAAGGCCAACAGAGAGAAGAUGACCCAGGUACUUUGAACUCCAUUAUCCCCCCACUUUAUUUCAAAUCCAUGUCUUUUGUUAGAGGAUAACAGUCAAGCAAACUUCUGAAAUGUUUAUCUUAUUCUUGCCUUAUAGAUCAUGUUUGAGACCUUCAACGUUCCUGCUAUGUAUGUGGCCAUCCAGGCUGUCCUGUCCCUGUACGCCUCCGGUCGUACCACCGGUCAGUAUUCCAGGACACUGCCUCUUAUAUGUACCAAUGUCAACCAUGGAUAGUUGCUAUAUUACUGAUACAAUAUGUAGUUUGCUUCCACACAUUAGUGGUCAAUAUGACAACAGGAGACAGCUCAAAUCAAGUUGAUGCACCUGUAUUACAAUAGUGUUGAGUAAGUGAGCUGUUUAGUUGUCAGAGACAGCUAGAUUAAUUGUUCCUUUGUUGUCGAGGACAUGUUAUUCCCUGUUUGGCAGGGUAUGUGGCAGGGUAUGUGGCACACCUGUAGCCAUUGAUGUCAGCUGCAUUGUUUGUUAGUUUAUGAUGUGACAUAUGCUUGGAGUGAUUCCCAUAUGGCAGCCGGCCAUUCCUCUGUCAGUCAUGUCUGUCUGACUGACUAAUGUGCUUUGUCUGCUCCCUAUAGGUAUUGUGCUGGACUCUGGUGAUGGUGUGACCCACAACGUCCCCAUCUAUGAGGGUUAUGCUCUUCCCCACGCCAUCAUGCGCCUGGAUCUGGCUGGUCGCGAUCUGACUGACUACCUGAUGAAGAUCCUGACAGAGCGUGGCUACUCUUUCGUGACCACUGGUAAGGAGAGCUAACUUCUGUCAAUGAGGUUAUGCCUCAUUUUUUAUGUUAUUGUAAUUUCUGUGUGUUUAGAGCAAUCUCUUGCUGUGCAGUUGUGUAAAUGUUCUUCCUCUCAUCAUUGAAACUUGCCCCCCUUAGCUGAACGUGAGAUUGUGCGUGACAUCAAGGAGAAGCUGUGCUAUGUGGCUCUGGACUUCGAGAAUGAGAUGGCCACCGCUGCCUCUUCCUCCUCCCUGGAGAAGAGCUACGAGCUUCCUGACGGUCAGGUCAUUACCAUUGGUAAUGAGCGUUUCCGUUGCCCAGAAACCCUCUUCCAGCCUUCCUUCAUUGGUAAGUUAUACUUACAGUAUGCAUUUUGCAUUAUACAUUAUGGUUGCUAUACAGUGUGUUAUUACAAUCAAUGUUUUUGUGUUUCUGUGUCAAUUAAUUAUCUUCUGUAAUAUCUUCUACCAGGUAUGGAGUCCGCUGGUAUCCAUGAGACCGCCUACAACAGCAUCAUGAAGUGUGACAUUGACAUCCGUAAGGACCUGUACGCCAACAAUGUGCUGUCUGGUGGUACCACCAUGUACCCUGGUAUUGCUGACCGUAUGCAGAAGGAGAUCACAGCCCUGGCCCCCAGCACCAUGAAGAUCAAGGUGAGGGACAAUCCCACCAUGUUAAACUUCAGGAAGUUAACCAUCAAGUUAAUUGUAAUGUUCCGAUUUACAGUGGGUCUACGUGAAACUAAGCAAUUCCCUGUACUCUGUUUAUCUUCUAGAUCAUCGCUCCCCCCGAGCGUAAGUACUCCGUCUGGAUUGGUGGCUCCAUUUUGGCUUCCCUGUCCACCUUCCAGGCAAUGUGGAUCAGCAAGCAGGAGUACGAUGAGGCAGGCCCCUCCAUUGUCCACAGGAAGUGCUUCUAA